AUGCCAAACUCUUUCUUGACUACACUUGUUGUGGAUUUCAAACUUAUAAAAGUACUUGAUUUUGAAGAUAGUCCUAUAAAGCAUCUUCCUGAAAGAGUGGGGAACCUCUUCCGUUUGCACUACUUAAGUGUGAAAAAUACAAAAAUAAAUGCACUUCCCAAGUCCCUUGGUAAGCUUCUCAACUUGGAGACAUUGAAUUUGAAGUGUUCUCUUGUCACUGAGCUUCCUCUUGAGAUCAAGAAUCUUAAGAAAUUGCGUUAUCUAGCAGCAUACAGUUCGAGCUUGAAUCGUAAUUAUGAAGGAGAUGUGAAAAUACAUGCGGGGUUUAGUUCUUUAAUGGAGUUGCAAAGGCUAAUUUUGGUGGAAGUUGACUUUAAGGAACUCAAAGAGCUUACAAAGCUAAGGCAAUUGAGAAAGUUAGGAAUUAGGCUCACAAAUGGAAACAAGAAGGAUCUAUGUGCUUGCAUUGGAAAUUUGGAAAAACUUGUAUCUCUGACUAUACUGUUGACAAGUAGAGAAGAAAUUCUUGAUAUAGAAUCGAUUUCUCCUCCUCAUGGUCUUCAGCGCCUCUACUUAACAGGAAAUAUGAAGAAGCUACCAUAUUGGAUUUUUAAACUUGAAUAUAUUGUCAGAAUUGGUUUGGAUUUGUCAGGAUUAACUGAUGAUCCCAUGAUAGUCCUUCAAGGCCUACCUAAUUUAUUGGAGCUUAGGCUAUGCGAGACAUGCCAUGGUGAGCAAUUACAUUUCAAAGAAGGUUGGUUUCCAAAACUAAAAAUUUUGCUCCUCGUUGACUUUAAAGAAGUGGAAUUGAUGAUAAUAGACAAAGGUGCAAAGCCUAACCUUGAAGAGUUACUUAUUGGACCAUACCCUCGAUUGAAAGAGAUUCCAAUUGGAAUUGAACAUCUGAGAAACCUAAGGAUUCUUAAGUUUUGUCUUAUGUUGAAAGAAAUUUGUUAUAUGAUAAAAGACAAGAAGUGGAAGAAAGUUACCCAACAUAUACCGGAGGUCCGUGUCACUUUCAAAAAGGAAGGAGAGUUAUUUCAUGUCACUACUAAGUAUUUCUUGUCUCUCUCACCCGUGAAUUUUGAGCAAUUUAUUGAAAAAUGGGUGUGA